AUGAAAACCUUCACCACUGCUAUCCUCUGCGCCAUGCUGGCAUCAAUGGCCGCUGCCAACUUCUGCGGUCUCAAGUACAAUGGAUCUUGGAAGACUUGCCAGGGCGGCUGCGCCGUCGACAUCUUGAACGAGCCCAAGUGUAUCGGCCCAGGAGGCGGCGACCUCGGCGACCUCGGCUCCAACUGUGGAGUGCUCAAAUCUCGAGCCUCGACCUCAACUAUCAAGGAGUGCGACCCGGGCAAGGGCUGCGGCUUCCUUGGCAGCAAGGGAGACAACGGCUGCCACUAG